AUGGUGACUGGAAUACUGUCUGGUAAUCAUAAGGUCCUUGGGGUUUCCAUUUCCUUAAACACUAUUGAACCUUAUAGUGUUGCUUAUCAAGAAAAUAUGGAGUCUUUAGGAAAGAAUAUCUCUGAUGAUGUUGAGCAAACUGAUGCUCAUAAGGAGUCAAAUGUUGACAAACCCUUAGAUAAUGUGGCUGGUGAAGAAGUCCGUGUCACUCAUGAUGUCAGUGACAACCCUAACUGUGAGGCUGAAAUAGUAGACCUGGAGGAAUUUUCUGAUAAUGAGUUGUUGUCCUCAGUCCUUUCUAGCAUAGCCAAAAGGGUUAGGACUAGGAGAGAAAAGAAAAUAGUGGCUCAAAGGUGGAAAUAUGUUUAUCAGAAGAGGCUGGCUUUGGAAAGGGAAUUAGCUCAGAAUGUCCUAGACUGUAAGGAUAUUAUGGACCUUAUUCAAGAGGCUGGUUUAAUGAAGACUGUGACUCAGUUCUCAAAGUGCUAUGAGAUGUUGGUAAAGGAAUUUAUUGUUAAUUUGUCUGAAGAAUGUGCUGAUGGGAAGUCUAAGGAAUUCAGGAAAGUGUAUGUGCGAGUCAUCAAUGCUAAUCAAGUGAGGAAGUGGCCUCUCAAAGGAAAGUUGGUGGCCAGCAAACUGAGGGUCAAGUAUGCAAUGCUGCACAAGAUUGGAGCUGCUAACUGGGUGCCCACCAAUCAUAAAUCUACAAUUGCUGUAAUGCUUGGAAAGUUUAUAUAUGCUGUUGGAACCAAAGCCAAUUUUGACUAUGGAUCCUAUAUUUUUUAUCAAACUUUGAAGCAUGCAGGAAGCUUCAGUGUGAAGGGGCCUAUAGCCUUUCCCUCUCUCAUCUGUGGUAUUGUGUUGAAUCAGUUUCCAAACAUCUUGACAGAGAAUGAUUCUGUGAAGAAAAGAGAUAACCCUAUGUCCUUCAAUCAUAAGUUGUUCCUAGGUACCCAUGUCCCUGACAUUGUCAUGACAACAGGUGAGACAUCACGUGUAAGCAAUCCACCAGGUAAAGCUGCUGUCAUUGCAAUGCUCAAAGAAACUUGCAGGGAUUUAGAGGCAAGGAAGCUGAACUUGGAAAAAUUGAUUAGCACUUUGGAGAUGACUGAAGGUGAUGUGCUUGGUGAAGCUGCUGUUGCUGCUACAGAAGGAGCUGAAAGACAAGGUGAAGAGGGAGAAGCAGAUGCCAGUCCUGAUGAUGGCACAUAUGAUGAUGCUGACUCUGAGUCAGAUGACUAG